AUGAAGAUUGCUUCUUGGAAUUGCAGGGGCAUUGGCAACAUGUCCGUGAGGAAACAUGUCAAGUUGCUUCUCAAUAUGACAAAGGCUGAUGUUCUCUACCUCCUGGAGCUGCGUACCAACAAGAUUGGUGCAAUGGUUGGUAUGGUUAAUAAUUUAGGUUUUUCUAAACAUUUUCUUGUUGAGACGAAUGGUUUUGCAGGUGGUCUUCUCCUGCUUUGGAAGCAUGGUCAGAUGAAUAUUGACAUCAUUGGCCAGUCCUCCCAAGCAAUUCAUGCUAGUGUGAAGGACGGGUUAACGGAAUGCUUGAUCACUUUCGCGUAUGUCAGACCCAACGUUUUGGCAAAAACCCGUUUUUGGGAGGAUUGCAAAGCGUUCAAUAGUUCUACUCAAAGUCAUUGGGUUCUGCUUGGGGAUCUUAAUGAUAUAGCCUCGGCAGAAGAACAAUGGGGUAGUGAGGCUGUGAGUCAAAAUGCCCUGCAACGGUUCUGUGAUGCUUACAACAGCUGUGGGCUCUUUGAUAUGGGAGCUUCUGGUUCUAGGUUCACGUGGUGUAGGCAGGCAGGGAACCGUGUGGUGUAG